UUUGCCACGUGCGUUUUGCGCUCAAAGAUAGUCGCUUGAUCCGGCGGGAAGUUCAGUCGUCUGCAUACCGGCGUUUAAAAAAGCAGGAAGCUGUGUUUAUUAAUUCUUAGUCAAAACACCAAUUAAAAGAUACAAAAAUGCCCGUAGAAAAGGAAACAGCAGUUGAGACCACUGAGGUUGAAACCAAAGAGACAAAAGAAGUCAAAGAGGUGGAAGAGACCCCAAAGACUGAAACAACAGAGACAAACGAGGCUGAAAGCACAGAAGAGACAAAAAAAGAAGAAUCUCAAGAAAAUGGCAAAAAUACAAAUCAAAAUGCCUCAGAGGAAACAGAAAAAACAGAAGAAAAUACAUCUGAAAAAAGAUCUGUAGAGGAGGAUUCAGAGGAAACAAGUCCAACUAAAAAAGUGAAAACUGAUGAAAAAAAAGUAGAAUCAAAUGACAAUGAACAGAAAGUAGAGGCAGCUUCAGCAUAAAGACAUUUCAAAUGUUCAUCAAACUUUGUGUCAUAUCAUGAGCUGUAUAGAUCUUUUAUUAUCAUGUUGUCUCAUUGUUUUACCACUAUGUGUUAAUAUUUAUGGAUCAGUGCAAAAAUUGUUUCAGUCAUUGUUAGUUUUUACCUACAUCCAUUAAAUCAUUUAUAGUAACA